AUGGAAAUCGCCACAGAGAGUUCCCAAAUCGACAGCCCAGUCAACACGCCGUCAAAUAUAAUCGCAACAACAUACCACUCUGUAAUCGAAUCCACAACAUACAAAAAUCUUCCAGCAGUCAUCAAAAGCUUCACCUUUCCCGACAACCCAAGAACCCACCGCCGCUGGCGCAAAGAAGUCGAAGCUCUCAACCUCGCCAGAGGUCACCCAAACACAUCCCGAAUCCUCCACUCCUCCCCCUCCCCACCAACAAUUACCCUCCGCCACGAAGCCGGCCUCAGCCUAGAAAGAUACAUCAACCCAAAAACCUCAAUCUGCACCCUCUCCCACUCCGACGCCCUCGCAAUCUGGUCCCAAAUCGCGUCAGCCCUAUCUCACCUGCACUCAACCUGCAACAUAAUCCACGACGACGUCAAACCAGAAAACAUAAUCUUCUUCUCCCCCCCUCUCCACUCUACUCAAAGAGAAGAACACCCACAACCCCACGCCGUCCUCCUCGACUUCGGCGCCGCCCUCCCCCUCCCCUCGUCAUCAACCUCCCCCUCCCCCUCCCUCAACAUCUGGUCCCCCUCCGGCACACCCCCCUACGCACCCCCCGAAUUCCUCCACCGGCACAAAUCCUACGCCUCCGAUAUCUGGGGACUAGGCGUCACCCUCCUCUUCUGCUUCGGAUACGUCCCUCUACCCACGGGCUCCUGGAUCCUGCCCCACGUAUUUGAAGACAAAGCCGUCAAGCAAGAAAUGGAGGCGUGGUUGGAUGAGAUCGAGGAGUUGAGGACGCCGUUGAGCGGUAGUAGGGAUGCUGAGAAAGUUUUGCUUGGGAGGAUGUUGGAGAGGGAUCCGGCGGUGAGGAUCGGGAGUAGUGAGAUUGUAAGGCUUCUUAGGUCGCGAUGGUAG